AUGAAAAAUAAAUUUUCUAAAGGUUAUCGCCAACUCGGAGGAAUUAACCCACACAUAUUAAAAGGAAUAAUUCGUGUUAAAUUUAUUAAUCAACAAGGAUUAGAUGAGGCAGGAAUUGAUCAGGAUGGGGUUUUUAAAGAAUUUCUUGAACAAAUUUUGAAAAAAGUAUUUAUUCCAGAGCUUAAUUUAUUCAAGUAUACUCAUGAUAAAAUGUUAUAUCCUUCUCCAACCUCAAAUAUCCAAGAAAAUCAUUUGGAGCUAUUUAAAUUUGUUGGUUGUUUGCUAGGAAAGGCUAUUUAUGAAGGAAUUUGUGUAGAUGUUCAAUUAGCUCCAGUUCUUUUAGCUUCAGUUUUAAAUAAAAAAUUAUAUCCAUUUGAUGAACUUGCAAGUUUGGACCCUUUACUUUACAAAAAUUUGACUUAUGUAAAACAUUAUAAUGAAAGUGAAGAUGUUGAGGAUUUGGCGUUGACUUUUUCUUUUCAGGAGAAAUUUCUGGGAAAGAUUUAUACCCACGAGUUACUUCCUGGUGGACGUGAAUUAAAAGUAAAUAACGAAAAUAGAAUUUCCUAUCUUCAUCUUUAUUCCCAUUAUCGAGUUAUUAAGCAAGUUAAAAACCAAACAAUUUAUUUUGUUAACGGUUUUCGUUCUAUUAUUAAAGAAAAAUGGUUGACUUUAUUCAAUACACAUGAACUUCAAUUUUUAAUUUCUGGUCAAUUAAGUGAUAUUGAUUUGGAUGACCUCAAAAAACAUGUUCAAUAUUAUGGAGGAUUUCAUAGCAAUCACAGACUUAUUAGAUGGUUUUGGUCUAUUGUACAAAAUGAUUUUAGUUGCGAGGAAAGACAUUUAUUUUUAAAGUUUGUCACAAGUUGUUCUCGUCCACCACUUCUCGGAUUUGCUUAUUUAGAACCUCCCUUCUCCAUUCGUUGUGUUGAAACUUCUGAUGAUUUAGACCAUGGGGAUACUUUGGGAUCUGUAAUUAGAGGAUUUUUAGCAAUAAAUAAAAGGAAGCAACCGACAAAUGAACGUCUCCCAACUGCCUCAACUUGUUUUAAUUUGUUGAAGGUUUUUUUUAUUAUUUUUGGGGUCUAUCCGGUUAUCACGCUCCCUCUCUAUUUUUUACUUUUCCUCUCUGUUUUUUUUUAUUUUUCUGAAAAAAAAUUAAAAAUAGUCAAGGACUCAUAA